AUGGCGACAUGGGACCCAGACUCAGACAACUUGCCUAAGCUCAAAGAGCUACCUUUGAUCCCUGGGGCCCCUGAGUAUGCCGCCUGGUUCUGGGGACCAGACGACGAGCUGGGCCGACUAAAUCUUUUAACGCCCAGAAGGGUAAUCGAAGCCUCGAAACUAAUUCAGACUGGAGAAAGGACGUGCUUGAACCUUCCUGCCGAGUGGCCAGAGCCUCCAUUUUUCGGACGUCCCCCCUUCAAACAUACCGUUUUGAAAGUUCGCCCUUAUGCCUUCGACGAUCUGUAUGAGUUGAACACUCAGAGCGGCUCUCAGUGGGACGGCUUUCGUCAUGCUGGUAUCAAGCAUAAUGAUGGGUAUAUAUGGUACAAUAAUACGACAGUCGAACAAAUCGAAGGCAAGUCCGGCAGAAUCGGCACCAGCGCAUGGGCGCGCAGAGGCAUCGUCGGACGAGGCGUCCUCAUCGACUUCUACGACUACUGCGGGAAGUCGUACGACCCAUUCACGCCCCGAAAGAUCACGGCCGAAGAAAUCAUGUCGUGUGCGAAAGCGCAAGGCGUGGAGUUCAAGUACGGCGAUAUUUUCAUCGUGAGAACCGGCUUUUCGGAGGCAUACAGGAAGCUCGACCAGAACCAACGAGAGGAGAUGGGAGCAAAGGCUUACCUGGAGCUACAAUUCGCAGGGCUCUCUCGGGCCCACGACAUGGUCGAAUUGCUGCAUGAUAACUAUUUCAGCGCCGUAGCCAGCGAUGCGCCUUCGUUCGAAACAUGGCCGAUGGACGAGCCAGAACAUUUGCAUCAUUGGCUGCUUCCUCUCUGGGGAAGCCCCAUUGGUGAGCUGUGGGAUGUGGAAGAACUGGCGGUGUUGUGCAAGAAACACAACCGAUACACAUUCUUCCUAUCUAGUAGCCCGGCGAAUGUGAAAGGAGGUGUUGGUAGCCAUUCCAAUGUUGUCGCCAUCUUCUGA